AUGGAAAUGUUGCAACGUAAUGUUGCGCGGUCGAUUCUUGAAGAGCUCGAUGUAAUCGAACUUGAAUCCUCGCGUAGGUUCAGAAAAGAUCCUCUAUUGUAUCCACAGAAUGAGAAUAAAGAAAAGCUACAGAUUGUCAGAACAAAGAGACCACAGAAAGAAGUCAAGUUGCAGCAGCAUGAAUUGGCUGUUUUCCAACAGAAAUACAAGAAACAUUGCAAUUCACUUAGAAACCAUACGGCUAACGAUAGCGACAUAAUACAAUCAAUCCUUGGUACCCUAGAUGAUUCCAAAGCUACGUUUUCCAAUUUUGAUUCUGCUCUAGCCCAAAUUCAAGAGAAGCAUAACAAGACCAAUAAUGGUGAAAUUGAAGUGGCGGAGAGCAUACGCAAUAUGUAUACUAUGUUUUCCAGUAUUCUCUUUUCUGGGGAAGAAUCUGUAUUGCUAGAUGAUGAUAUAAAGAGAGUAAGAAAAGAAGGCAAAGAAAAGACAAAAGUCAAGAGAAAGCACAUCAUCAGCAUCACUGCAUCCCAUCUUGAUCCAGAUGGAAUAUACUCUACUGAAGAAGUAUAUGGAAAAUAUUUGGAUUUGACAAAAUUCCACGAGAUCUACAGAAAUCAGACUUCCAGCAACGUCUCGUAUUUGGAGUACUUGAAAGUGUUCGAUAUCUUUCCAUACGCAGAAAGCUUCCGCAGUUCAAGCAUAUAUCUACAGUACUUGAGAGAUCUAAGUGAAUAUUUGGUAGACUUCGUACUGAGAACAGAGCCAUUGCAGAACUUCAAUGAAGUGUUUGAAUCUAUUAAGAAAUCAUAUUCUCCUAAAGAAGAACCAGCAACUAGAGAUGGAGUAGAAAAUGAACUGGGUGAAGUGUAUUGUAGUGUUUGUCAAAAGGUCUUUGCAAAGAUAUCAGUUUAUCAAGGCCAUUUAAAUGGUAAGAAACACAAGAAGAAUGCUAAAGAAUUGCAAACUGCAACACCAAAAGAGUCAAUCAUUUCUGAGAGUGACUUGCAAGAGCAUAUUAAUACAGAAUUGGGUAAGUUCCUCUCCAACUAUAAAGAGGCAACUAUACAGAAUACAGAGAGAAAAUCAGCCAUGACUGAAAGAGAAAGAUUGAUAGAGAAUACCACGAUCGUCGGAGACGAAUCUGACUAUACGACUGUAUAUGAUUCAAGUUCAGAUAGUGGAAAUGAUUCCAGCGAUGAAGAAGAAAACGAGAACUUAAAACACCUACCUUUAGGAGCCGAUGGAAAGCCAAUUCCAUUUUGGCUCUAUAAACUUCAGGGGUUGCACAAGACUUACAACUGUGAAAUAUGUGGCAAUGUUACAUACAAAGGCAGAGUCACUUUUGAAAAACACUUUAGUGCACCUAAGCAUCAAUAUGGCUUGAAAUGUCUUGGAAUAACUGAGCAAUUUGUGUCCUACUUUAAGGAUAUAAUACUGAUUAACGAAGCACAAGAUCUCUGGAAAAGAUUGAAAAGAGAUAAAAGAAUCAAGGAAGGAGACAUCGAGAAUGCUGUGGAAGUCGAAGACGCCGAAGGUAAUGUCAUGUCAGAGAAGGAUUACCUUGAUUUGAAGAAACAAGGUCUAUUAUAG